CAACUUAUGGUGGUGGUGGUGGUGGUGGAAAACACGCUCAUCAUCCGUCUCCGCCCGCGCACGCGCGCACACCGCAGCCAUGGCGGCCGCCCUGCGUCCGCUGGUGGUGGCCUCCCUGGCUGCCGGCGCCUCUGCCCUGUCCACGGUGGUCGACAGGCUGUCGCAGGGCAUGGGCGCGGGCCUCGGGGAGGGGGCCGCCGCCGCCGAGCAGCGGGCCGCCCUCCACGACGGCGCCAACCGCUCCGGGCACGUCGCGCACCGGGCGGGCGCCCACCGGGCCGGCGCGCGCCAGACGCCCGAGGAGCUCGGCGUCUACGAGGGGGUCUCCGAGGUGGAGGACUUCGCGAAGGGCGUCUUCUCUGAGUCGUACUGCCUGGACCUCGGGGCGAAGGGCUUCCCGAUCCCCGUGUUCAAGAUGAUGCAGCUGGCCAAGUGGAACGUAGGCACGUACCUUGACAAGCUCGAAGAGCUCGGGUUCGCAGACGACGCCCUGCAGAUGAACGGCCCCCAGGAGGCCAUGCUCAAGUCGAACUGCAUGCAGGAGGCCCGCCAGAGCCGCACGAAACACAUCUUCGUUGGCGACUCCCAGAUGAUGGCGCUCCGCAACGCGCUCCACCGCCUCAACGGCUGCCCUGAAAUCUGGUGGCACAACUCCUCCCGGGACCAGCAGGAGCUGCUUGCGUCGAUCAGGGCAGGCAGGCGCGUGAAAACCGGCAAUGGCCGCUUCCACUCGCACACCGACCAGACUCCCGACGGCGCCUUGCCCAGCGGAUGCAAUGAGGGGGGCAUUGGGUCUUUCAUCUUCUGGGAUGCUUGGCUUGACUCGGAGAUCCCUGUUCGAGAGAUUCAGAGGGAGAUGAAGGUUCUCGGAGUCGAGCCGAAGGAGGGUGACUCUGUUGUGGUGUGGAUUGGCUCGAAUUUUAUCGCAGGGUCUAGCAGAAAGAACGUCCUGCUCAAAGCAAUCGACACACUCCACUCCUUGGGAGUAAAGAUGGUGUGGGACUCACCAACCUACAUUGAUGAUGCCAUGAUGGCCGCGACGACGGCCAAGGACUUGGGCACCGACCUGCAUACGGGCAUCCCCAUCACAUACACCGAAAUCGCUCAGAGAAAGGUUCGCGGCGAGAUCGGCUCCAAUCAGUAUCGAAGACCGAGAAGGCCUUCUUGGAGGGAGUGGGCGAUAUCCCGGUGACGAAGCGCUGGCAGUUGACGAACCGGUACAGGGGGCUGCAGUGCGAUGGCAUCCACAGCGACAUGCGCGCGAGGGACCCGCUGUACUACGAUCUGCCCUGCCCCAACGGCCCAGAGCUGUACGGCAGGUCCACGCAUUGCAACUGGGUGGAGCCCUUCGACGACCGGGUGAGGGAGAAAUGCCCCCAGGCCGCUGGCUUGGACGACAUGGUGCUUCAGAGCGGCCUCUUCGCAAUGUGCGCGGCUCACGAGAGGCCCUUCUGCUACGCUCACACCGACAGCAUCCGCUGAUGCGCGUUUUGUAGUUGACCACUGCCGGUCCUCUUGCUGCUGGAUCCGGAGGGCGCGUGCCGGCCUUGGGUGAUUGACCGCCAGCAUCGUGUGUAGAGUGGUUUCCAUGUUGAAACGGCGCGGGC